AUGGAGACAAAUGGGAGUAGUCAUCGUGACAAUCUUUUCUUAUCCUUUCUUCUUUACCUCUUUCUUUCCUUUCUCCUCCCCUUUCAAUUUCUCUACCCUCUCUUCUUUAUCUCUUUCUUAUCUUUUCCUCCUCUUUCAAUUCUCUACUGUUUUCUUUACCACUUUCUUUCCUUCUCCCCUCUUUCAAUUUCUCUAUCCUAUCUUUUUUACCUUUUGCUUUUCUUUCUCCUCCUAUUUAAAUUUCUCUACCCUGUCUUUUUUAUUUCUUUUCUUUUUCCUCCUUUUUCACUUUCUCAACCAUGUCUUUUCACUUUUCUUUCCUCUUUGAUUGCUUUUCACUUUUCUUUCUCCUCCUUUACUUUCUUUACCUUUACUUCUCUAUCUUUUUCUUCUGUCUGUCUCUUCUUUUUCUUUUUCCUCCUCUUUCAUGUUCUCCAUUAUGUCUUCUCUUUUUCCUUUCUUCUUUUCUUGAAUGCUUUUUCUUCUCUUUUUUUCAUUUUCUGUAAUCAUUUCUAUUUUUCCUUUUUCUGA